AUUGGUUCCUGUUGAUCUUGCAUUUCAAUCUUUUAACAUGCAGGGCCACGGAAGGUGCUUGAAACUCUUUCUUGCAUUUGCGCUGCUUUUGCUACAGUACGCCCAAGGAGGAGAGGUGGACCACAGUCAGAGGAAUACUAACGCGACCAGGAGGUGCAUCGAGAAGGAAAGGCAAGCACUCCUUGCAUUCAAACGUGGCCUCCUGGUGGAUGAGGACCAUUACCUCUCUUCAUGGGGUUCAGAAGCCCAGAAACAAGAUUGUUGCAGAUGGAUAGGCGUCUCUUGUAGCAACCAAACAGGUCAUGUUAUUGGACUUGAUCUUUCAUAUUCUUUAUUGGAAGGUAAGAUGAUUAGUCCUAAACUGUUUGAGUUGCAGCAUUUACAACAUUUGGACCUUACUGAGAUUGAUUUCAAUGGGAGCCAAUUUCCAAAUUUCUUUGGUUCUCUAACCAAUUUAAGAUACCUUGCUCUGUCUUCGACUAAUUUUGGAGGCAAGUUUCCAAGUCAGGUCGGAAAUCUUACGACCUUGGUGUAUUUGGACUUGAGUGAUAAUUCCUUUACAAAUGUAGAAAAUCUCAACUGGCUUCCUCCUCUUUUGUCAUUAAGAUAUUUGGACUUGAGUUCCGUGAAUCUCAGCAAUGCUUUCGAUUGGCCGGAAGCCGUUAAUAAGCUUCCUGAACUAACAAACUUGACACUACGCUACUGUGAUCUUCCUCCUCCAAUUCUUUCCACUCUUUAUUACAUAAACUUUUCUCAAUCUCUUGUUAGCGUUGAACUUUCGGGCAACGAUUUGAGUACUUCUUCAAUAUUUCUAUGGUUGUCCAACUAUAAUGCCAGCCUUGUUUAUCUUGGCCUCGCUGAUAACCUUCUAACUGGUUCAAUUCCUGAUGUUCUUGGAAACAUGAGCUCUCUGGCACAUCUUGAUCUCCAAAAUAACCAACUUGAAGGAGGGGACCCACAUUCUUUUGCCAGGUUAUGUAGUUUGCAAACAUUGUUUCUCUUAAACAAUGAUCUCAGUGGACAACUUUCUAAGUUUGUUCAAAUAUUAUUCCCUACAUGCGCUCAAAACUCAUUGGAGCAGUUGUAUCUCUCUGGGAAUAAUCUUGCUGGGUCAGUACCUGAUCUUACAAACCUUUCAUCUUUGGAAGACUUGGAGCUUGGUUUCAAUCAAUUAAGCGGAGGAAUAUCUGAAAGUAUAGGGCUAAUGUCUAAGCUCCAAUAUAUUGAUUUUGGGAUGAAUUCUUUGGAAGGAGUGAUUUCAGAAACUCAUUUCUCAAAACUCUCCAAAUUACAGUAUUUGGAUUUAUCUUCUAACUCGCUAGUCUUAGACAUCCAUGCUGAUUGGAUUCCUCCUUUCCAAUUGGGGGAAAUAUAUUUGAGGUCUUGCAAGAUGGGCCCGGAUUUCCCAAAGUGGCUUCAAACUCAAAAAGAAUUCUCAUCCCUUGAUAUUUCUGAUGCUGGAAUUUCUGACAUCUUUCCAAGUUGGUUUUGGAGUUUAUGUCGCAAUGUGACAAUUAUGAAUCUCACAAGCAACCAAAUUAGAGGUACAUUUGCAAAUUUGACAUUGGAAUUUUCAGAUUUCCCUACCCUACUACUGAGUUCGAACAAGUUGGGAGGUCCAAUCCCCUCAUUUCUAUCAAAAGCCUUACAUCUGGAUCUCUCUUAUAAUAAACAUUCAGGGUCAAUUUCAUUCUUGUGUUCAAGUGCAGCUAUUAAUUUAGGCUUUCUUGACCUCUCAAGCAACAAUGUUUCUGGACACGUUCCAGAUUGCUUGACACAUUUGGAGAAUCUAGUCAUGCUUGAUUUGAGUAACAAUGCUUUGUCCGGAAAAAUUCCUACAGCAAUAGGCUCUGUAUUUCGGAUUGAAACACUCAAAUUAAGAAGCAAUAGAUUUGUGGGACAAUUGCCUUCCUCGUUGAAGAAUUGCACAAGUUUAGUAGUCAUUGAUGUUGGGGAUAAUAAAUUAUCUGGACCAAUACCUGAAUGGUUAGGGGUUAGCUUAAAGAAAUUGGUUAUCCUGAUGCUUUCGUCUAAUCACUUCAAUGGAAGCCUGCCCUCACAAUUAUGCCAUCUAACACACAUUCAAAUUUUGGAUUUCUCCAUGAACAUCAUCUCUGGAAGUAUACCCAAAUGCCUCACCAAUUUAACUACUCUGGCUCAGAAAGGAAAUCCAAGUUUGAACAUCUCACAUGAUUACGAGAACUCUAAUAUCAAUUAUGCAGAUUUUUAUUACGAUGAUGCAACCUUCAUGUGGAAAGGAGAAAUGCAGACAUACAAAAGUACUUUGGGGCUCGUGAAGAGAAUUGAUCUGUCAAGCAAUAAAUUAAUAGGGGAGAUUCCAAGUGAAAUCACUCAUCUAGUUGGGUUGGUUUCUUUAAACCUAUCGAGAAACCAAUUAAUAGGUCAAAUAACUCCAGAGAUCGGAAACUUGCAGUUAUUGGAUUCUCUUAAUUUGUCACGAAACCACAUAGAUGGAAGAAUUCCAACAAGCCUUGCUCGGAUAGAUCGUCUUGGUUUCUUGGACUUGUCAUAUAACAACUUGUCUGGCAAAAUUCCAGUCGGGACUCAGCUCCAAAGCUUUGAUCCCUCUUUUUAUGUUGGGAAUCUACAACUCUGUGGACCUCCACUUAAAAAGAUGUGUGCUGAUGAAGUGGAAAAAGGUCCAAGUGAGCAAACUGACUUCAUCUACCAAGAGGACAAGGAUGAGCUAAUAACACUGGGAUUCUACAUUAGUACGGGGAUUGGAUUUGCUGUUGGAUUUUGGGGAGUUUGCGGCACCUUGAUAUUUUCAAGGUCAUGACUCAUGGAGAUACGCAAACUUCAAGUUCUUGAAUGGUUUAAAUGAUUGGCUUUUUGUGAGGAUAGCUGUGUUGAAGCGGCAAUUGAAGGAUGCUUAACUACUAAAGAUGAACGCAUCUUCGGAGACAUCUUCUCUUCAGUCAAAUGGCUCUGUAAUGGUAGUUGUAUUGUAGUAGCAGGAAAUUGAUUUUUAUAGCAGGAGAGCAUGAGAAAUGCAUGCCAACAAUUAAUAAUAAAAUCCACAUAUUCUCAGUCUG